CGUGAAGUACUGUCAGUCCACAUCGGCCAAGGCGGCGUUCAAAUGGGAAACGCUUGUUGGGAGUUGUAUUGCCUGGAACACGGAAUACAACCCGAUGGCAUGCUUCCACCACAGAAUUGCUCCAAUGACGAUGGUUUCCAAACUUUCUUCAGCGAAACCAGUGGUGGAAAAUAUGUACCGCGGGCAGUAUUUCUGGAUCUGGAACCUACAGUCAUAGACGAAGUUCGAACGGGGACCUACCACCAGCUGUUCCAUCCGGAGCAACUAAUAUCCGGCAAAGAAGACGCCGCAAAUAAUUACGCGAGAGGUCACUACACCUUAGGAAAAGAAAUAAUUGACCUAGUCCUAGACAGGAUCCGCAAAAUCGCGGACAUGUGCGUCGGUCUUCAGGGUUUCUUGAUCUUCCAUGCAUUCGGCGGUGGUACCGGUUCCGGAUUCACCAGUUUGCUAAUGGAACGUCUGUCGAUAGACUACGGGAAGAAAGCAAAGUUGGAAUUCGCGAUUUAUCCGUCGCCGCAGAUCUCCACUGCCGUGGUAGAACCGUACAACGCGAUCCUAACUACUCACACGACACUCGAGCACUCUGAUUGCGCGUUUCUCGUUGACAAUGAAGCCAUAUACGAUAUCUGCAGGAGAAACUUGGACAUCGAGCGACCAACUUACACGAAUUUGAACAGAUUGAUUGGGCAAAUAGUUUCGUCCAUCACAGCUUCGUUGAGAUUCGACGGAGCUUUGAACGUUGAUCUGACCGAGUUCCAAACGAAUUUAGUGCCAUACCCAAGAAUCCAUUUCCCCCUGGCGACGUACGCGCCUAUUGUUUCCAUAGAGAAGGCGUAUCACGAGCAACUGACAGUGAUGGAGCUAACGUCUUCGUGUUUCGAACCUGCUAUGCAAAUGGUUAAGUGCAAUCCCCAUAGGGGCAAGUACAUGGCCUGUUGCUUAUUGUACAGAGGCGAUGUCGUGCCUAAAGACGUUAAUGCGUCCAUUGCGACGAUUAAGACAAAGAGAGCUAUUCAGUUCGUCGAUUGGUGUCCCACUGGGUUCAAGGUGGGUAUCAAUUAUCAACCACCGACUGUAGUACCAGGAGGCGAUCUGGCCAAAGUGCAAAGAGCUAUGGCAAUGCUUGCGAACACAACUGCAAUUGCAGAGGCAUGGACGAGAUUAAAUAGAAAAUUCGAUUUGAUGUUCGGGAAACGAGCUUUCGUUCACUGGUAUAUUGGUGAAAGUAUGGAGGAAAGUGAAUUCAGCGAAGCUAGGGAAGAUCUGGCCGCAUUGGAAAAAGAUUACGAAGAAGUUGGCAUGGACUCGACUGAUGCUGGCGAAGGUGAAGAUGAAAACUAG